CCCGCUCUCCCCGCGCCGUAGGGUCCCCGCAUCCUCCCGGCUCGGAUUUACAUAGUGAUGUGUAAACUACAGGAUGCCCAGCAGCACUGGAAAGAGGUUUAAACCUACUAAAUACAUCCCUGUCUCCACAGCAGCUGCCUUAUUAGUGGGUUCGACUACUUUAUUUUUUGUUUUCACGUGCCCCUGGUUGACAAAAGCCAUCUCCCCAGCCAUCCCAGUGUACAAUGGGCUCGUGUUUUUGUUCGUACUGGCAAACUUCAGCAUGGCAACUUUCAUGGACCCUGGAGUUUUCCCACGAGCAGAUGAAGAUGAAGAUAAAGACGAUGACUUCCGAGCUCCACUCUACAAGAAUGUGGAGAUUAAAGGAAUCCAAGUACGGAUGAAAUGGUGUGCCACCUGCCACUUCUACCGUCCUCCACGCUGCUCUCACUGCAGCGUCUGUGACAACUGUGUUGAGGAUUUUGACCAUCACUGCCCAUGGGUCAACAAUUGCAUAGGACGGAGGAACUACCGCUAUUUUUUUCUCUUCUUGCUGUCCUUAAGUACACAUAUGGUUGGAGUAUUCACCUUUGGGCUCAUCUUCGUAUUAAACCAUAUGGAAAGGCUGGGAGCAGCUCAUACUACCAUUACAAUGGCUGUCAUGUGUGUGGCUGGGUUAUUCUUUAUUCCAGUCAUUGGUCUCACUGGCUUUCAUAUUGUUCUAGUGGCCCGAGGGCGCACAACGAAUGAACAGGUGACAGGUAAAUUCCGUGGGGGAGUGAAUCCUUUUACCCGAGGGUGCUGCGGAAACGUGGAACAUGUGCUCUGCAGUCCCUUGGCUCCCAGGUACGUAGUUGAGCCCAAGAAAAAGCAAGCUGUGAGUGUGAAGCCUCCUUUCCUCAGACCUGAUUUAUCUGAGCGACAGAUCACAGUGAAGAUCAGUGACAACGGGAUCCAAGCCAACCUCAACCGGAGCAAGUCUAAAAUUAGCCUGGAAGGUCUGGAAGAUAAAAGUAUGGAUGUGCAACCACCUCUCCCACCCAAAGGAGAUCCAAGCAAGUACUCUGAGCUAAAAGGGCAGCUAGGGACCAGUGAAGAAGGUGGCCUUUCACCCAAACUUAUCAGUCCUCCUACACCUGCCAUGUACAAGUAUCGACCAGCUUUCAGCAACAAUCCCAAAGUCCACUACCAUGCUACAGCUGAGCAGAUCUCCAUGCAGGAGGGACACAGUCAAGGGGCUCUGCUAGAAGAGGAUGGCAGGAGCCUUGAUUACCAGUCUGAACCCAGCUUGGACAUCCCCAGCUACCGGAAGAGCUCCCUCCAUAAGACCUAUCAGUCUUCCCCACUCCAGAUAGAUUCUUUUGCCAUCAAUUCACGAUCCCUGAGCCUGAAAUCUGCUGGCAGGAGAGGGACAGACAAAGUGCCCCUUCAUCCAAUAAAGUCCGAAGGGGUGGCUUCCACCCCUUACAAAAGCAUCUUUUCUCCCAAUUCCCUGUCAAACAGAAAUGGGAGUCUUUCAUAUGACAGUUUGCUAAACCCCAUGUCGCCCUCGGGGAGGAAGUGCAUCGCCCAUUCUGCGGUCAGCUCAGUUGGGUACCACUCCCCGUAUUUAUCAGCCAAAAUGUGCCACCUACGGGGGAGUGAGCUGCAACGCCAACCACCGCAGAGCUUCAGCCCAGUGCUGGGGGACCCAGCUCCACAUCAGCGAGACCCCUCCCCAGUCCGCUAUGAUAACCUUUCCAAAACCAUUAUGGCAUCGAUCCAGGAGAGGAAAGAGAUGGAAGAGAGGGAGAAGCUCCUCCACUCGCACCCUGAUUCAGUAUUUGCAGACUCAGGUGUCUACGACACCCCUAGCUCUUACAGCCUUCAGCAAGUCAGCACACUCUCUGAAGACCCACGCAGCAUGGCAAUGAGAUAUGGAUCUAGAGACAAUCUGAUGGCUGCUACCAGUUUUAGCACAAGGAACCCUAUACUGCAGUCCUCAGUGUCCUCACUCUCAAGUGCAAUGACAAGAGCACCAAGGACUUCCACAACCUCUCUGCAAGCUGAUUUAGCCAAUAAUAAUGUCCAGUCCCAUCAAACACUACAGGGCAGGGUGAGCAAUGGCUCCUACAAAUCCCCAGGCCACCAGGUCCCGUCAUCCCCCACAGGGAUGCCUAGGUCACCCUCUUAUGGAGGCCCAAAGGCUGUCUCAUUUGUAAACACUGUGGAAAUUACAGAGGUGCAAUCAGUGGGAGCACAAAGGGAUGACAUGCAGUUGAAGACACCUCACAGUAAAAUAAAUGGACAGCCAAAAGGAAUAUCCAGGUUGGGUUCAACAUCAAGUUCCCAGGGGACACCUGUCAGCCCUGCUAGACACUCAAACGUUAAGAAGGUGUCUGGAGUUGGUGGAACAACCUACGAAAUUUCAGUGUAAAAUAAAAUUAAUUAACAAUAAAGAGCCAUCCACUCAGCCAGCCAUGAAGCUAGGAGCACUGUGAAGACUCAAAUAACAACAAAGAAGGAGCAGCAACAGCUGGCCACUCUCCUUUUCUUGUUUUGGGUUUGUUCUGUUUUCAUCAUUUCAUCUUUCUCUUUUGGCCAAAAACCAGCUGCAGCCUUAUUCUCGAGAGAAUAAAAUUGUACAGUCCAUCAGACUCUUCCUGAACUGACAGGCGGGAACUGGCUAUGACCUAACACCACAACCACAGAAUGGAUUUCUUUCAUGCAAGAGAGCGCUAAAGCCAUUGUGCGUGUGUCUGUCCAACAAACCUGUUGUGUACCAGUUGUGCUGUGAAAAAGGUAUGGUCAGUCCAGGAUCAUGCAGUUUUUCCCAUGACCCUGCCCAGUUCUUCUGGCCAGCAAUGUGUCCAGCAGGAGUCAGAGGCCCAACUGCUGUUUUCCUACCGACAUGGAAAGCAGGCUUCCUACUCUGGGUAUCUGGAUGUGCAAGAACUGCUUUGUGGCCCCCAGACACUGUGGGUUGGGUUCCUCCUCCUGGGAAGAAGCAAGGCAAGGGCACUUAGGCCACGAACGCUAUGUCGUCUUUAAAAGCCUCCCUGGUCUCCGAUGGGAGCAGGAGAAAGGAGAGCAACAGCUUCUCACUGUCUGCCAUUCGCCUCCCUGCGUGUGAAAUUGUGCGUGUGUGUGUGUGUGUGUGUGCGCGCAUAUUCGUCUCUCGUGGAAAAGGACCACAACACCAGUAAUGAUCUUCCACUCUGACUUCUUGCUCCCUCUGGUUUUUAAAGGCUUCUCUGACUCAGAAACAAAAUCAAGCCAAUAAGAAAGGAAAUGUUUGGAUGGGAACAUAUUUUAAACAGCUGUCAGCUGCUUUCUCUGCACCCUCCUUAUUACCUGUUGGAUUUAGGCAAUAACAUGGUUUACUGCCUUGCCCUGGUGCCAUCUGUGUAAUCCUGCAGCAAGGUUAUCGUGAUCUGUUGAAUUUACAAUGUGUGUAACUGAGCCAAGCAUACAUCUAAAGGAUAUAAAUUUUCUGUCUGCCUAAUUACUAGCACAUUCCCUCUGGUCUUCAAUACUGUUAGACAAAGGAUUUUCCAUUUGGGUUUUUUCCCCCUGGGGAACAACUUUUUAAAAUAAUGUCAAUCAAAUCUAUUUAACAUUCUGAGGUUGCCUUUUCCUGUCUCCAGAAAACUACAUUUACUUUGUUGGAUUUAAAGACAACUUUACUAUAAAAAACAAGAAAGGGGUGCAUUACUUUUGUCACAAAUAUGAGGACUCUGGCAAAGCUAAUUUUGGGACAAAUGGAAUUUUUUGUUUAUUUUCUCCAUUCCUUAUCUUGUUUUCCUUCCCAUUCACUUACCACCUCAGAACACAAAAGUACUGAGAUCUGGACCAAUGCUAACUAGCCAGAUCAUGUCUUCAAUUAAGAAUAUCCUGAGUGACUUGCCAAAGUCACUAAAAAUUAUUAUUUAUCACUGAGCCAGUCAGCAAACGAAACCUCAACUUUCCACCUGGUUAUUCUGGUGAAUAGUUUUGACUAGAGAGGUGAAUUAAUAAUUUUUCAAGGUAUUUGUUUUAAAGGAUUGAAUCCUUUUCAGUCCUUUACUAUAAUGGAGAGCUCUCCAGGUAUUUGGUAGCAAUUCAGAAUGUGUUGAUAACAUCCUACUUGUUUCCAUGUAUGUUGAGAUUAAUUAUUCCAGAAGGCAAAUAUUGACAUCCAUUUUGCCUGGUUAAAAUUUAUGUUUUGAUUUGGUAAAUCUUGACAUCUGCUGAAAUAUAUGCUUAUUAUGUCCCCUGUAUAUCACAUCAUUUGUUGGAGAAGAAGGUUGAAGAGAACAUAAGAAAGUUAAUCAUCUCUCUAUGUAAUGCUCUAUCUAUGUUGCCUGAAGGGAGAAACCUGGAAAGCAAUGAAGCUGUGAUAUCGGCCAAAGUUAUGAGAGAGUGAACUAGAAAUCAGUAUGCAUUAUAUUGCCUUGGUGAUGUUUUAAAUGCCUGCUCUAGGGACACUGCAGAGCAGAGAAGCAAUAGUCUUUCUAUGCAGAUUUGCUCACUGGCAUGUAGAGUAGUUGGAGGCACCGUGGUACCAGAAAGAUGCUGGCAAACUGGACCAGGUACAGAAGGAGCAAUAUAUAUUAAAAGACAGGACAGGCUGGCUGAUGAGGAAAUUUAAAGGGCUAAAAACAUGUCACUGGCUAAGCAAUGAAGUGGAAAUUGAGUAUCAUAAUUUUACAAAUACAUUAGUUAAAAGAUGUAAAACCAAAGGUAAAUCAAAGGGUUGUCACUGGUAACCAAUGGUCUACAUUUAGAAGGAGGCAGAAAAGAUGGAGGGGAAGGAGCAGUGGAAUAGUCUUCCAAGUCAGAGUAUUGGAGACUAACUAUUUAGAACUGUCAAACUAUAUUAGGACAAGUCAUUCAAAAAAUUUCUGUAGGAGGUGAACCUGCAGGGGCAAGGGGCUAGACCAGAUGGCCUUAUAGAUUUCUUCCAUCUUUAACUGUUAUUAAUCUGCAACUCUACCAUGAUGUAAACUCCUCAGGAAGAUGCAGUACUUCCUCAAGGACUGGAAUUCACUCUGGUGCAUAGAGUAUCACAAGACUUACUUGUUUUUAAAGUACCAUGUAUGCCAUAUGUAAGCCCUGAAAAAGAGGGGUAUGUGACACACUGAAUUUGGGCUAGGGAACUAGACAAGGGCACAUUUUACCAUGUAUCUUUGAAUACGUACAUGAAAUUCAUGCAGGCAAGGCUGAAAUUUUGCACCAAUGUAAUAUUUGAGAUUUGCAUCCCAGUGAUGCUCCACUUUGAUUGUUCUUUCUCCUGCAUUUAUAAACAAAAAACCUACUGAGGAACUUGAAGGGCCAAAGAGCCUUUGAAGUUAACUACAUUAGUUCAUGAGAGAAUUUCUCAGUAAGACUAAACACAGUAUUGUGUGUAUAAAGCACUAAUAUCCAGGGUUAUUUUGACGUAGUUCACAAGGGGUAAGGGAGGAAAGAAUGAAUGUGCUGUAUCAUUACAGAUUUAGAUGUAAGGAUUAUAUAUUUUGUGAGUAGUUGUUGCCCACAGUUGAGAGACAUUCGACUUUUUAAUAGGUUUACAAUGGUACCAAAGUAUUUUUUUUUUUUCCUUUUGAGGUUUGCAUAUAAUUCAGUGCACAUAGCCUGGAGUAAAUUAUUCAAAUCCUCUGAAAGAAUAUUCUAAGCAGAACAGUUAACAGGAGAUUGCAUGCAGCAAAUCCAGCCUCAUUUCCAUCCCAGGCACUGAACCUGCAGCUUUUUUCUCAUAAAUGUAAGUGUCUGUUUUCAUAGCUCCUGUUGUGGGACUGGGGACCUACUUAUUAAGUCUAAUUUUGGAGCAGAAUCCAGCCAAUAUUAAAGUAUAGUUCUUCAAGCAGUUUACAGAUUAGUAGUAAGGUUCUUCUGCCCAGAUAGUCUCAGUUUUUACAGACACUUCAGGCCAAAUCUUCAGCUGGUGUAAAUUGGUGUGGCUCCAUCAAAGCUCAUCUAAGUGAUGCUAAUUUACAGUAGGUGGGGAUCAGCCAUGAAAAUCUAGCACAAAUUAUUGGAUCUUGUAAAGUAGCUUCUUUAUUCUUGUCAUGUUUAUUUCAUGUUUCAGAAGUCUUAAAUCUUCUCAACAUGUUUUUAUUUUUAGCUGUGGAUUGUAUUACUUAUUUAAAAAACAGCAAUAGUUUUUGUUUAUUUUAUGCAUCAAUUUUCAUUGCAUAUUUGCAUUUUAUUAGCCGUUUGUUCCCUGUUCAUACACUCCCAUUUAGCCUCUAGGUUUUCAUUGUAGUACAAUCUGCCUUGAGAAGUUGGAUCUCUGUAUCUUUAAUUGUAUCAUAUGUUGAGUAUUAUGAAAUUAAAUGUAUCUUACUACAUGGGUGGGAGAGAAAGGAAAUAUUUUUACUUGAAGCCUUAAUAUUUUCUUUUUUUACUACUUUAUCUGUUGACCUCAUAGGAAAGUCUGAAUAGCAAAGACUUUGAAACUCUGGGCCAAAUACUGCACUGAUACACAACCAGCAUUUGGCCCCUUAUGUCAAAACUGGAUACAGACAUAACCUGAACAAGGGAAAAAGGCUCAGGGUGGCAUAUUUUCCUGAACAUCAUUAAUGCAGUCUCAAAAUGUGUCUGUAAGCAAGUACAUUAAAGAAAUCUUCAAGUCUUGAAUUUUUAAGAAAGGUGAUAGCAGGAACUGCCCUAAUAUCUUACAUUUGCAUUUUCUUUUUAAAUUAAACAAAACAAGUGUAAUUACUUAGUUUGGUUAAAGUUAGCUCUAAGGGUUGCACAGAGCUAUGUGUUGGUAGCCAUGUGCAUCAAAUGAACUGUGUUGUGUUGCUGUUCUAAAUUGCUAACGAAGCAUAAUGUUAUGUCAACUUGGCCUAAGAUAAUCACCUCAUGGGUGUUAUAAUGGUUGUUCUUCAGAUGAUGCCUAUUCUCCUACAAGCCUAUUGUGGAAAUUGCAAUGUGGUUUUCUUUGGACUAUAUCUGUGGUCCAGACUAGAAAUAUAGAUAGAUAGAUAUAUAUAUAGAUAGAGAUAUAUAUAUUCAAUUUUUUUUUUUUUUUGGUGUGGGAAAGAUGGGGUCAAGGUUGCUGUCUCUGACAGUCUGGAAAGUUGAUGUCAAACCGUUUUUAUGGUCUGUAUUUCACCUGUUCUGCCACCUUGAAUUGUUGGAAUGUAUCCGUGCAGGCUUUGUGGAGCUCUGUCUGUAACCUUUUUUGUGGCUCUCGUAAUACAUAUAUAUUUUUUAAACCUUUGAGUCACUUCAGUAUUUUCAAGUGUCUGAUUUUCCCCAAUGAGUUACGCCUCAGAUGCAUUCAUUUGCUGAGAUGGUUCAGGUGUGCUGCCCAUUUUUACUUCUACUUGUGCAAAACGUGAACUGAAACAGUAGAACUGGAAAGGCCAGUUCCAGUGCAAAAUCUGCAGGUGACAAAAUGUUAAAAGAAGUGAUUGCAGGUUAAGUUGUACUUUCAAGGUGCUUAUGGUAAAGUAGAAAAUAUGCCAAGUCUCUAAAAGAGCGUUUCCUGGUUGUGGCCAACAUGGAUCAUGCCUAUGAGGCCACAGUAAGUGGUCCAUGAAACAACACUAAAUGAAGUUUUCUGUACUGCUUUUUAUUAAAGUUGAGAGGUUAAUAGGGAUCCUGUGGUCUGGCACAAUUAUGACUCAUUGCUACAGAGUAACUGUGGAAAAAUGUUAUAUUGGUAUUUGUUGAAAUGUUCUAUCCAGGGUAUUGGGACUUAUACAUCCCAAAGAUGUGCAAUUUUUAAUCUAUCUUCAUCUAUCUAUCCAUUUCUAGUCUUUGAAUAUAUGUCUGUUUGAUCUGUAAGACUGGCUUGUAACACAUACAGUUGCCAAGCCCUCCUAACAGCAGCUGCUGCAGGAUUUCUGAUGCCAUAAUUUGCAUAUAUAGGCUAAUUGCAUUAAGCAAGAACCCAUUCAAGCACAUUCAUUGUAAAUGCCAGGCAUAUUUGUGUGCUGUCAUGUCUUCACAUGGCAGAGAUUCCCUUAUAUAUAAAAUGGCCAAAAACAUAAUUACCAGGCUCCAUUGAUGUUGGCUGCAUCAAACAGAAUUAUAUAAGCUCCUGAUCUGUUUUAGUACAUUUUAUUUAAAGACAUCUUGGCUUACAGCGAUCUUGGCUUUCCUUUCUUUAAGUAAUGGAUAAAUUAUCCAACUGUGUAUUAAUUUCUCCAUUAUUGUUAUUUUUUAUUCUGCAGGACAAGUUUCAGUUCACAUUUUGGAACAUAAUAAGGAGAGACAAAAGAAACUAUUUAUACAGGUGAAUGUGUCUUUUAAGAGAGGAAUAGUUACAUAAUAAAUAGAUUAGAAUUACUGUCAAAA